CACUAUUUUACACAAGUAUAAAAGCAUUCGUAGACAUUAUUCUCACUGAUUACGUCACCUCACACACCUGUCACUCGUUCCUUAAUUAACACUAGCUGUUUUCACCCAGUCCCUUCACCUUCUUUAUACCCGACUCACUUUUCACUCCCUUGUCAGUUCGUCGUUUGUUUUCAGACCGACAACCAGCGCCAUUCUCCUUGUUUCUUGUCAUUGUAUUGUUACCAUCGGGUUUUGUUUUCCUCCAGCCUGCCUACCCUGCCUGUUUUCCUCGACCAUUCUCCCCGGACCGUUACUCCACACCACCAGCCAGGUGUCGGGGUGUUGCUGCCAGGACAACAAAGCUUCCCAUUGGCUGCCGCCUUACCACGUGACGAGCAGCAUUGGGCGACAGUCUGCGGGACUAAGCUGAGUGUAUGCAGCGGGUCUGGGAGAAGGCUGGUGGACCUUAGACGCGAGCAGCUGGUAAAUCCCCGCAACCUGUUGUUGUCUCAAACUUUUCACCGUUCCCCCUUGUGACACGAGGUAAUGGACUAUUAAAGAGACAUUUAACAGGCUCACCACAGAAACUUAUACGCGAGCAGUUGAAAGCACCGCCACCCUCACAGCAGCUACAGCCUCAUCAGAAUCAGCAACCAUGGGCAAACAGAACAGCAAGCUUCGUCCCGAUGUCAUGCAGGACUUGGUGGAGAACACAGACUUCACUGAACACGAGAUCACCGAGUGGUACAGAGGUUUCCUACGGGACUGCCCCAGCGGUGCCCUCUCCAUGGAGGAAUUUAAGAAGAUCUACGCCAACUUCUUUCCUUAUGGAGAUGCCUCCAAGUUUGCCGAACACGUCUUCCGCACUUUUGAUGCUAAUGGAGAUGGGACUAUAGACUUCAGGGAGUUCAUCAUUGCUCUGAGUGUGACCUCACGUGGUCGACUGGACCAGAAGCUGAAGUGGGCAUUCAGUAUGUACGACCUGGAUGGUAAUGGAUACAUUAGCAAGGCAGAGAUGCUGGAGAUUGUAACGGCCAUUUACAAGAUGGUUUCCUCUGUAAUGAAGAUGCCCGAGGAUGAGUCCACACCUGAGAAGCGCACAGAUAAGAUCUUUAGGCAGAUGGACACAAAUCGAGAUGGUAAACUGUCUCUGGAGGAGUUUGUCGAGGGAGCGAAGAACGACCCCUCCAUUGUACGACUGCUUCAGUGUGAUCCCAGCAGUGCCGGGCAGUAGAAAAUUGAACUUUUCCCGCCGGAAUUUCAUUAAUUUAAUACAUCUUUAAAUUCUAACCCACCUGAGAUGGUUGACAUUUGAACUGUAGAGUCACACACUUGUGCAGACAACAUGUAACUGUAUAUACUCUAAAUACCAAAGCCUGAUGCAUAUAUAAUUUUACAUAUACUCAGAUGCACAUACUGUACAUCUGUCUCUAUGCAUGAGCAAAAGCUGCAGACAAUACAGGUUUAACAUCUGGUACAAAUAUAACUCCAAGGACUGAAAUCCCUUAAGACUUGUCAGGCACUAAAUCCAAGCUCUGAGAACACAGCCAGAGAGGGUAAUCCAACAGAUUUAGAAGGUAGGUUGAGCCAAAUCCAAUUUCACUGUUUAUUUUUAUGUCUUUUAUUUUUGAAAGCAUUUUUCCUAAUUGAAAGGGAAUCAUGCUCGUUUUGUUCUCUAUAAGUGAUGUGUGAGCUUUGCUAAGUAUUGCCAUUUAACUCCAUGUUAACACUGGAGGAAAUGAAGUAUGUGAGUCUGUGACUAAAAGUGUUCACAGCUGACAGUAUGGCUAUGAAGACAGGAGGUCCAGGAAAUGCAGUUUUUAAGCACAGAAGAAUUUUAGAAGGUAUGAAAGACUUCUGUUUUUUAAUGUAUAUUUUGGAGGAAUGUUACAUGAAACAAAACAGUCAAAUGAUGGGCAAAGUGACUUUUUAUACUAAGUUCUGUGUUCAUACACACAGUUAACAUAAACACAUUUACAGGUUCAUUGUACAGAUGAAUACACAAACGUGACACAUGCAUAUAGACAAAGCUGUGAUUCUUUCUUCAGCUAUGAUUCAACAAGCAAAAAAAUGUUAUAAGAAUAUAUAGUAAGUAGUAUAUUCUUUUACUCUGUGAGAAUGUUGAGGCGAUUUGCUGGAAAAUAUGAUUCACUUUAAAAAUGUUGGUGUAUAAAUUAUUGAAAUGUGAUGACAAACAUUUUAUUUUCUCUUGCCGAAUACGAUAUGAAAGAAAGUUGUACAGUAUAUGUACUCAUUUAUGCUAGAGAUGUCCAAAAAGGAGACAACCACACAUAUUGCUAUGCAUUCAGCUUUGAACAUCAUCUGCUUCAUUUAGUCUACAGUAUGUAGCUUUUUAUCUUUUGACAAAAAAUUUGCUACAGUUGUCUCAGUACGACCCUAAACGCUGACUUCAUAUUAUCUAGGAAGCAUGUUGUCAGAUACUGUCCGCUAACACUGUGUACAAAGUCAGUGAUGUCUGUAAAUCGUAUGUUUGUUUUUUUUUUGUUUUUUUUUUUGUGAAAAUGUGACGUCAUCUCCUCAUUGUGCACUUUUUUUCUUAUCUGCACUAAAUUUCAAAUGCAUUACAACUGUAACUAUAAGACAGAUUGGGUACUACUGUGAUGCUGGAGAUGACAGAUAUUUUUACGACUAUGACACAUCGUAACAGAGACAUAACCAACAGAACAAAGCACUGUUGUUGGUAUGGAGUAACAAAUCUUUUCCAGGUUAUAUUGAGGUCUGUACCAUGAUCUUGCGCUGGAAACUAUAUGUGAUACAGUAGUUUUAAUAGAAAGUUGAGAUGAACUUUCUGGAAUACUACACAUUUUAAGUACAGGUGAUCAUCAGGUACUAAAGUUCCACAUUUAAUUUCAGUAGCAUGUUGUGGUCAAGUGCCAAAUAUAGAUGAAAAAUGACAAGAAAACUCAGUAUUGUAACCAUUUAUACUGUACAGCUAACUGUCGAACAAGAAAGGCUAUCAUUUUGUAGAUUUUGUAUUGUUUCCAUGCAUUAUGUUC